AUGCUGUUUGCUGGCGCCCCUCCUGGCUUAGACGAAGCCUUACCAGGGGAUGUGGAGGAAACUCUCAGCGAGCUGGGCGAGAAGGCGUGGGAAGGCGACUUUGAAAAGUACAUUGCCGUGCUGGAAGCCUCACCAGACCCUGCCAAGGAGCUGAACACGCCCAAAGAUGUGCUGGAAUUCAGCCGCAUCACGCCUUUCUGCCUCUUGUUGGAAAGAAUCUAUCUGGACGGCAGUUUGUCAAAGGGCCAGGCAGCUCUACGGACCUCUGUCCAAGCCGGAGCCGAUUGGCGCGAGAGCUUCGCACGGGGCCAGACAUCCACGGGCGUGUACCCAUUCGCAUUACUGCUGCGAAGCUUGAUCAGAGAGAAGAAGGUGGGAAGUGCCGAGGGCUCCGAGUUGAUCGCCUUGGCUCUUGCCAGCGGUGCAAGGUGGGUGAACCAAGAUGGGCCGCCCGCUUUUGCCGAUUGUUUUUUGUUUCUUGAUUUGCUGAAGGCUUUCUGUGAGUCUGGCACCUUGGAGGCCGCCUCCCUGCAGCUCUUGGCGGACUCCUUGCAGGGCGUGACCAACGGCGGCCGCCCCGUGAUGUGUAAACUCUUCGAGGGCGGAGGAACGAUGUUUUCCAACGUGGUGAACAUUGCCAUGAGACAUGAUCUCUUUGGCACCGACGCGGGCGAUGCGCUUUUAAGCUUCUGCUAUGCACAUGGAGCUCGUUGGAAGUGCACAGAUGGCUGGAAUCACUCCGCCUUCUUGGAAUUGCUCUGUUGCGCCGUCACUUCAAGGCGCCAUUGCCGAGGAAAACGCUCUUGGGAGGAGAAUUUCCAGGUGGUGAAAGGCAUCCUCGACAGUCAGCAGGAUCCAGCGACACUCUGGAAUGUGGCACAAGAUCGCGGAGCUCAGGACCAGGCAUGUGAGAGCACGUUCUACGAGAUGCUUUUGACGCUGGCGGAGGAAGGCUUGGUGGGUCAGCCCCUGGCGCGCGCCUACAUCUCCUUGGCGGAGAGCUAUGGCGCGCGUUGGGAUGGCAUUGCAUGGAACUACAGUCCGCCCUGGGAAGUGUACCAGAAGGGCCGCUUGACGAAUUUUCACAGCUUGGUGGACAGCCUGGGCUCUGGCUGUGACCAUCCCGAUGGCCUCAGCAUUCUCUCUGGAGCGGUGGAAGCCGGAGCUGAUUUUGCCAUUGAUGACCCCAAUCUCCCUGGAAAAAAACGCUACGUGGCCAACCUGCCCCACCUGCUCUGGGCGCCGCGUCGUCAGCUGCUGCGACUGCUGGCGCUGCUCCGCGCGCGCCGCGCCGAAGCCGAGGACGCCGGCAUCGCCGGCGUCGAAGUGUGGCUGGCGCGGCUGGCGCGGAGCGCGGAGCCGUGGCAGGUGGGUCAUCCGAUCGUUCGCUUGGUCUUCAGCUUCUUGCCGCGCGUGCCAGCGGUGCUUGGCUAUGACUUCAGCACCCGAGGCUAUGGUGGCGGUCCGCCCCGAAAAAUGGAAGCGCGGCCCAGAAGAGCCGAGGCGCAGGCUUCGACAGUUGGGCAGCUUAUGGCGAAAGCCAAAGCGGCGGCCAAGAGCCACACACUCUUUGCAUUCAGCCCUGCGCUCCCCCUGACCAAAGGUCUCACUGUGGGCGCGAUGCCCAAUAAAACCCAAGGAGUAGCUCUGACGAGCAUCGCGGACGAAACAGUCGCGCAAACGCCGGACGGGUGGGUCGCCACCACCCAAGGUGGUAUUCCACUGAACCACCGGGUAGUGGUGCCAGCCUUUUCAGUACCCGGCGUCGUGAUGCUGGGAAACCUAGGCAUGUCGACUUGCAUAGUCAAUGCCACGAACACGGCGGAGCGCACCUCCCCCUCUGGCCACCCGCACGUCCUGUGGUCUCGCAUCGCCUCGAACACGGAGUGGACUGUUGUGGCGCGCACCGUGAUCGCGCCGGUGGAACGGAUCAAGAUCAUUUACCAGAUCAACUCCAAGAAAUCGGGCCCAGAUCAAGGCUGGCUUCGCAUCAUCCAGAAGGUCAUGGACGAGAGUGGUGGCGGCUACAGAAAGGUGACAGACUUCUGGAAGGGCAACUCUGUGGCGGUGCUUCGUGUGUUCCCCUACCUGGGCGUGCAGCUGGCUUCAAAUGAGUUUUUCCGUCGCCAGCUGAAAGGCAUGGCCCAAGGUUCACUCCCCGUCACGCCCGAGGUUCAGAAAUUUUUGGCAGGAGGAGGCGCAGGCCUCACUGCAGUGCUCUGCACCUAUCCCUUGGAUCUGGCGCGGGCGCGCAUGGCCCUGUUGAUGGAGCAAGGGGCAAAAGAGAUGCCGUCGAUGCUGGGUACCGUGCGAGAAGUGUGGCGGGAGGGUGGCCUGCGUGCCCUGUAUUCUGGUGCUGGCGUGUCCAUGACUGGAGCUGCCAUCUACUGUGGCUUGAAGUUUGCCAGCUAUGAUGCCUCGAAGGACUUGUGCCAACGCUACUUGUUGCCCGAUCCGGAUGGUCCCCCCAGCGCGCUCCACCGCGCGAUGAGUGGAGGCUUGGCUGGGGUGAUGGCUCAAACCUUUGUGUAUCCCUUCGACGUGUUGCGUCGGAGGCUGCAAACGGGCGGUCCUGCCAUGCGGGAGAAAUACCCUGGCAGCAUCAGUGGCCUGUGGAGACUCUACAAAGAGGAAGGAGUUGUGCGUGGCCUAUACCGGGGAUGCGCCUUGAACUAUGUGAAGACUGUUCCAAACACCACUGUGUAUUUGGCUCUCUUCGAUUAUCUGAAGGAUAGCUUUUGUAGCGCUUGA